UGAUCUUAUUGGUGGGAUUUUGUUUAAUUAACUGAACUAAAUAUCUCUUAAACUCUUCAAAACAAAUAUUUCCAAUAUUCCCACACUGUAAACACACAACCACGUUUGAUGAUCCUGUGAGAAUCAAACACUUGAAGCCCAAAUCAAAAUUCGAUCACACGGCGAUGGAGAAUCGUACCGGUUUAACCUCCAUGAACCGGAAAUUAAGCGGUUUAAGCGUAACCGACGAUUCCUCUUCCGCCUUCAGCGACUGUAACAGCGACAGAUCCGGAGAGUUUCCACCUUCUUCCUCCGAGAACCGCCGUCUCUUCCUCUCCUGCGCAGCCGAGAAUCCCGACGAAUUGAUCCGUCACCUCGUAUCUCAUCUCGACUCUUCCUCUUUCUCCGUCGACGAGCAGAAGCAAGCCGCCAUGGAGAUCAGGCUCCUAACCAAAGACAAACCGGAGAACCGGAUCAAACUCGCUAGAGCCGGGGCCAUCAAACCGCUGAUCUCUCUCGUCUCCUCCUCCGAUCCCGAGCUCCAGGAGCACGGCGUAACCGCCGUGCUGAACCUCUCGCUCCGCGACGAGAACAAGGAGCUGAUCGCUUCCUCCGGCGCGAUCAAACCGCUCGUCAGGGCGUUGAAAUCGGGAACGGCGACGGCGAAGGAGAACGCCGCGUGCGCUCUCCUCCGCCUCUCGCAGAUCGAGGACAGCAAGAUCGCGAUCGGGAGAUCCGGAGCGAUCCCUCUCUUGGUGAGGCUUCUGGAGACCGGAGGGUUCAGGGGGAAGAAGGACGCGGCGACGGCGCUUUACUCGCUCUGCUCGGCGAAGGAGAACAAGAUUAGGGCCGUGGAAGCGGGGGUUAUGAAGCCUCUGGUGGAGCUGAUGGCGGAUUUGGAGUCAGAGAUGGUGGAUAAAUCGGCGUACGUGAUGAAUCUGCUGAUGUCGGCGGCGGAGGCGAAGCCGGCGGUGGUGGAGGAAGGAGGAGUUCCGGUGCUUGUGGAGAUGGUGGAGGUGGGGACGCAGAGGCAGAAGGAGGUGGGUGUUUCGAUACUGCUGCAGCUCUGUGAGGAGAGUGUGGUGUAUCGAACCAUGGUGGCUCGUGAAGGAGCGAUCGCUCCCGUGGUGGCGAUGUCGCAGAGUGGUAAGAGUCGAGCUAAGCAAAAGGCGGAGGCGUUGAUUGAACUUCUAAGGCAGCCAAGACAGCAACACACUUAGAUUCUAGCAAAGACGAGAGAGAGAGAGAGAGAGUAUGUGACUGAUAAUGAAUCUCAUCUUCGGUAUUGUAAACAUCUUUUGAAUCUCAUUCUAAAUUUUGUGAAUAGUGUUGGCGAGACUGAUGACCGGUGUGUAUAUACAGAUGCUUGAUUUGGGCUUUUUAUUAAUGGGUCUUUAUAAACCCAUCUAACGUGCCUUAUUAAUUAAUGGACGGGCUCAGUUUGUCUUUUGA